CGUUCCCUUUCCCUUUCCCUUUCCCCUUCUCGGAUAGACUCUUACCAUUCUUUCCUGCUUUCUCCACGCGGAGGUGUCUUUCCUUCUUUCUCCAUCUCAUCCGUUCUUUGUAUGGCAGCCCGAGUGUUAGUCACUGGAGUCCUGGGGAAGCGAUUCGUGAACCGGAUCUGGGCCGCUCGGGAUCCCGCGCCGCCCGCCGUUGCUUCUUCCAGGAAGAGGGGAGUGCACGCGUCGUCGUACGAUAAGAACGAGGACGAGCCGGUGGGACCCACCGCGGUGCCGGAUAAUGUGAUCGACGCCCAGGCGGACAAGUACUACUGGGGCCCCCACCCCACCACCGGCGUCUUCGGCCCCGCCGCCGAGACUGGCGCCUCCUCCGCAGCCGCCGGCGGUGCGAAGACGGCAGCCGGCCCGUCGGCGUUGGACGAAACCGUGUGGUACCGCCCCCUGGAGGACGUCGACAAGACGCCCCACGCCUGAACGCGGCCUCGGUAGCAUCAGCUAUCACGCAAUAAGCAGCGGGUGUAUGUGUGUGUGUUGAAUGCAUGUAGGAGAACCUGUUUGCCUUUGCUUCGAUCGUCGUUUUGCUUUCCGGUAUGGCGUGCUUUAGCUUUAGCGAUGAUGUAUUAGUAAAUGGCUUGCUGAACUUCGUUAAUGUUUCGUUGCCUUCGCUGCACAAUUUGCUUUCUUUUUCUCUUUCUA